UUUAAUUACUGGCGAUUCAACAAUUCUAAAUUUGGUGAAUUGAUAACGUUUAACGCCGUUUCUUUCCGCCUUUUCUUAUUCAGUACCAUCAAAGGACCCGUUGUAUACACGGCGGUAUCAAAGGACGCAGAUUGCUAUAACAUGAAUUACAAAAAUCGCGGCAAGUGCAUAAUCUUCAAUCACGAUAGAUUUGACUUUACAAAUUUUUCCCAACGGGAGGGUUCAUCAUUGGACGCCAAGAGACUGGAAGUAACUUUCGGGAAUCUUGGAUUUGACGUGGAAGUUUACGAUGACUUCACGCAUAGCGAAGUUAUGGACAUGUUACAAGACGGCUUAAACCCUGUUUUAUCCUGUACCAGAACGAACUGGAUAAAACUGUACCAGAAAACAAACUGGUACUUUGGUUUGACUUCAUCUUCGGUAGGCUACUAACCUUCCCUAGUAGCACGGUGCAUUGACUAAACAUUGGUCCAAUGUUGGUUAUACUAGAAAUGCACUGGUCGAUAUUGCCAAACGAAAAGUGAAAAGUAAAGCCAAUACUGGCCAUGGAAUAAAUAUAAAUAUUGCACAAUGUUCGAGAGCGCAAGUGAAUCGCGAGAUCCGGACAGGAGUGUUCAGGAGAACAAAGAGAAUAAAGACACCACGUUUGUAUUCACGAUUUAACACGAAAUAUAUUUCCGAAAUUCGAAAGAGUCAGUCCACAGUGAAGAGCAAGUCGUUUUAUAGGUAACACACGGCGAAGCGCAAGGCGAAAAUCAGCGAACUGGUUAAGACUCGAUUGGCAAACUAGCGACGAAGCGGGUAAACCUUCGGAAAACCCACGCAUAUGAAAUAAGGGAUAGCAACAAUCAAUUCCUAUGUAUUUUUGAGUUCUGAACAUGAAUAUGUAACUUAGACAUGGCGGUCGGAACAAGAAACCAAUGAAAACCAUGAAAAACCCAUAAAAAUUAUGGUUUUUAACAUUUAUCUCACCAAAUAUCAAAAAUUUUGAAAAAUGUUUUAAAU